AUGAAUAACCGGCGGUUGUGGGUGCUGAAGCGGUGCGAGGCGCUCGGACUGUGCGAGGACGUGCGCGUGCGCGUGGAGUCGCGAGAGGCGUGCGAACGGUUGUUGAGGAAGGGAAGUAGGAAUUUUAGGGUGGAUAGGUGCACGCCGGGACCGGUGAAGAUCGUGGAGUCGGCGAAGAGGGAGGAACGCGCGCCGGCGCCGGCGCCGGCGACGACGGACGAGGACGCGCCGGCGACGACGGACGAGGACGCGCCGGCGUAG